CAGGUUUGCUGGCAAUCUGCGUUUGGGCGUUAAUGCUUCUUAUUUUCAUAUUCGCCUUGAAUCUUUUUCUGCAACAAAAGGAGAUGAACUACGUGUUUAUUAGUCUUAGCAUAUUACUUCCGUUAUUCUUAAUUGGUGUAUUACUAUAUGUAAUCUUCUCUAGAACCAAGAUUAGGAAGGAGGAAGUUGAGCUGGUAGGCAAGAAACAUGGAGACAUUUUUAGAAUCUGGAACUAUGAUGGAAAUAUGGCAUAUGAAGACAUCAUUAAGGCAACAAAGAACUUUGAUGUUCGGUAUUGCAUUGGAGGAGGAAGCUAUGGCACUGUUUACAGAGCCAGGUUGUCAAGUGGGAAAGUGGUGGCUGUGAAAAAGCUUCACGACAUGGAAAGCGAGAAUCCAACCUAUGUGAAGAGCUUUAGGAACGAAGCCCAAAUGUUAUCCAACAUUAGGCAUCGAAACAUUGUAAAGCUCUAUGGGUUCUGUUUACACAGGAGAGGUAUGUUUCUGGUUUAUGCCUACAUGAAGAGGGGAAGUUUGUUUGGUGCCUUGAGGAAUAGAAAUGCAGCUACACAAUUGGAUUGGAUUAAGAGGAUGAAUUUGAUCAAGGGGAUUGCAAAUGCAUUGUCAUACCUGCACCAUGAUUGCAGACCACCUAUGAUUCAUAGGGAUGUAUCAAGUAAGAAUAUUCUUCUGAAUUCAGAGCUUGAAGCAAGUCUCUCCGACUUUGGUACAGCAAGACUGCUGGAGCUUGAUUCAUCAAAUCAGACAACAGUGGCAGGCACUUAUGGUUACAUAGCACCAGAGCUAGCCUAUACAAUGGUGGUAACCGAAAAGGUUGAUGUUUAUAGCUUUGGCAUUGUGGUCUUGGAGACAUUGUUUGGAAAACAUCCAGGAGAGUUUCUCUCCUCCUUGUCACCAGAAUCUGCUAAACAAACAAAGCUGAAGGAUCUACUGGAUGCGCGUCUAGUCCCUCCUGUAAAUCGCUUGGUUGCUCGCGAUGUGGUUCUUGCUGUAACAUUGGCAAUGGCUUGCUUAGAUCCCAACCCAAAAUCUCGACCAACAAUGCAGCAGGCAGUGCUGCAAUUUAUUUUCCCCACUAGAAACUCAACCAUUCCUCUGCAUGCCAUCACCGUGGACCAGUUGAUGCCUCCACGAUUUAGUGCGCAAUACGUUGCAAGGACUUUACCAGUACAAAUAAUGGGGGAGGGAGAGGGCAGAAAAGUAGCUCGUCUGCAAAGUUUUCAGGCUGUUUAGAUAGUAUUCUAUGUAGAUAUAACUACCGCCAUACCCAAGGCAUCAUCCGAGUACUGUAUCAUGCACUCACACCUAUGGAUCCUACAUAUAUUGACUAGUAAUAUUAGUAAUUACUUGUAUUA